AUGGGACGAGUAGAGACAAUCCGGUUGAUCUUUGCACAAGCUGGAGUUCCUUAUGAAGACGUUCGGAUCCGAAAAGAAGAUUGGCGCACCAAAUACAAACCAAACAUGCCACUUGAACAAGUACCAGUUCUGGAAGUAGAUGAUAAAAUGUUAUCUCAAUCUACUGCAAUCGCUCUGUAUCUUGCUAAAAAGUUUGAUUUGAACAUGUUAUGCAUGGUUGGAUUCUUUAGUUCGCUGUUUCCAAAUUCAACUGCUCAGCUAACACAGUUGAAUUAUUUCAAGGAUCGAAUGAUGGGAUUACCAAAAAUCAAGGAAUGGAUUGAAACCAGACCUAAGACCGAUUUCUAG